UGGAGGAGAGGUUUUUACCUUGUCUAUGGAGUGCAAAGAUUGAUGUGCCCAUGCUUUGGAUUUGAUUUAGGAGGAUUUUUUAACCACAAUUGGUUUCUUUUGUCACAGAGAUCCAACAAAAGAGAGCGCUACAAAGAUAAAGACAUGGAUAUUGGAGGUUUGGAGACCGUGGUGGCCAACUCGGCCUAUGUGUCAGCGCGCGGGAGUAUAGAUGGUGCUGCCGCGGCAACUAUGCGUGACAAAAAAUUCCGGGCUAAGCUCAACCUUCCACACAUCAGAGAAUGUGAACACAUGAAGACCACAGUCGAUUCUGCAUUUGACAGCAUGUGCGUACGCCAGCCAAUUGGUAAACGGCUCUUUCAGCAAUAUCUCGAAAGUGAAGCUGCUCACAAGAUUGCUGCAGAACUCUGGAAAGAUAUUGAAGACUACAACAUUGCACAAGAAAAUGAGAGAGCUCAGAAAGCACAAAAGAUGGUCAACAAAUACUAUGAGUCAUCCUCCAAGAAUUUCUGCAACUUCCUGGCAGACAAGGCAGUGAGCAGGGUGAAGGAGGACCACAAGAACAUUCCAGGAGAUCUUUUUAAAGAGAGCGAACAGCAGCUCCUAGCCCACCUGGAAGCUAAUGCACUGAAUGGCUUCAAGGACAGCAUGUACUUUCUGCGUUAUGUACAGUUUAAAUGGCUGGAGAGUCAACCUGUUACUGAGGAAUGGUUCAUGGAUUUCAGAGUCCUUGGAAAAGGCGGGUUUGGUGAGGUCCAUGCUUGCCAAAUGAAGGCAACUGGGAAGAUGUAUGCUAACAAGAAACUGAACAAGAAGAGGUUGAAGAAACGUAAAGGUUAUGAUGGUGCUAUUAUUGAGAAGCGCAUCCUGGCUAAAGUGCACAGUCGUUUCAUUGUGACUCUGGCCUACGCUUUUCAGACCAAAACAGAACUCUGCCUGGUUAUGACCAUCAUGAAUGGAGGAGACCUCAGGUUCCAUAUGUAUAAUGUGGAUGAGAAGAAUCCAGGCUUUAAUGAGGUUAGAGCUUCUUUUUACACUGCUCAGAUCAUCUGUGGACUUGAGCAUUUGCACCAGCACAGGAUUGUGUACAGAGACCUCAAACCUGAGAAUGUGCUACUGGAUGAUGCAGGACAUGUGCGUCUGUCUGAUCUGGGUUUGGCUGUUGAACUACCACCAGGGAAAGACAAAACACAGGGAUAUGCUGGGACCCCAGGUUUCAUGGCUCCAGAAUUGCUGCAGAAGAAAGAGUAUGACUACACUGUAGACUACUUCACUCUGGGGGUCACUCUAUACGAGAUGGUUGCCGCCAAGGGACCUUUCAGGUGUCGUGGAGAGCAGGUGGAAAACAGUGAAGUGACACGUCGUAUCUUGAGUGACCCCGUCUCAUACCCCCCGACCUUCAGCCAGGAGCUCAAAAACAUCUGUGAAGGACUUAUGGAGAAAGAUCCAGAGAAAAGACUGGGCUUCAAGAACAACGAGUGUGCCGAGUUAAAGAAGCAGUCCUUCUUUAAAGAGCUCAACUGGGGCCGAUUAGAUGCUGGUAUGCUUCCUCCUCCCUUUGUGCCAGAUCCUAAGAUGGUCUACGCCAAGGACAUUGAUGACGUGGGAGCGUUCAGCACCAUCAAGGGUGUUGUUAUUGACAACAAAGACAAUGAAUUUUACGGUGAAUUUUCAACUGGGAAUGUUCCGAUUCCAUGGCAGGAUGAGAUGAUUGAGACAGGGGUGUUCGGGGAGCUUAAUAUCUGGGCACCAAAUGGAAAACUCCCAAACGAUCUGGAUCCAAACUAUGUGGAAGCGAAAGGCGGGGGAUGUGUUCUGUUGUGAAGCCAAGAGAUACAAACAGAAGUGAAACAGAGAGCUCUGGAGCACAAAGGAAAUGAUUGACAAUGAUUCACAGUGAUUAACAAAAAUUAUUUAAUGGAUUAUGCACAGUCAGCAUCAUUCUAAAGGGGUUUAUUUUGCAAUAAUGGGUGGCUGAUUGUACAUUAUCAUGCUUAAUGCAUGGCUAUUUACCAAAUAAAUUCUACAUGGACAUUAAACAUUUAUUUGAAUUUAACUUAGCGAUACGAGAGACAUUAAUAAAGCACAGAAUAUGGCGUUGAUUGACAGGAACAGCAGUCAAAUAUAAAGCUUAGCAUCCAUUAUACAAAAAUAUUUGACCACAGAAUGAACUGAUUGACCAAUCAAAAUACAGGUAUUUCAGAGAGCCAUGUAAUACAUGAUUUCAAUGUAUGAGUAAUACUGUAGAGGAGGUGUUGUGAAGGCUCAAUUGUUCUGCUCAACUAAUCAAUUGAAAUCCACAUAUGUUGGGACAAAUGUGAACUACACAAUUUAAACAAAUUCAGUUUUAACAGUA